AUGGAGGUUGAAAGAGUUAGUGAAGAAUGCAUUAAACCUUCAUCAUCAACUCCAUCUCAUCCGAAAACAUACACCAUUUCCUUAUUAGAUCAAUUUAUACCUUCUAUGUAUUUCCCCAUAAUUCUUUUCUAUCACAACCAAAACCCUAACCUUACCGACAUUAAAACCGUCAUCUCCGAAAGAUCAAAACUACUAAAGAAAUCAUUGUCCGAAACCCUAACUCGUUUUUAUCCGCUUGCCGGAAAGCAUAAAGAUAAUCUUUCCGUCGACUGCAACGACGAAGGUGUGUACUAUGUCGAGGCUAGAGCUAACAUUUCUUUAUCAAAGUAUCAAAAUGAAUUUAUAGCAUCAACUGCUACAUUGUUGCCCCAAAAAUUCAGUUAUUAUGAGGAAUUAGCUCCUGGAUCUUAUGUUGCUAUGAUUCAAGAAACAAAUUUUGCAUGUGGUGGCAUUAGUAUUGGGAUAUUAGCUUCUCACAAGAUUAUGGAUGGAACUGCUGCAUGUUUUUUCAUAAAACAUUGGGCUAAGGUUGCUACCAAAUCUUAUGAAGGAUUAGUUUGCCCUAAUUUUAAUAGCUCAUUUAUUUUUCCAAAAAAUGAUGAAUUUCCAAAAGAAGCAAGUCUUGUUGAAAUGAUGUCACCUACCCUUGUUCAACAAAAGAAGAUGACUACAAAAAGAAUUGGAUUUAAUGCAUCUGCCGUAGCUAGUCUUAAGGCGAAAGCAAUGCGCUUAGGCGUGGAAAAUCCGACCAGCGUUGAAGUGGUGUCUGCGCUGUUUACGGAACAUCUCAUGGCUAUAUCGAAGGUCCGAUCAGGCACUGAGAAGGCACAUGCAGUAACUCAUGCAGUGAAUUUACGUCGGAAAGCUUCGCCGCCUUUCUCUGAAGAUUCCGUAGGGAAUUUCAUUUGGACUGCAGCUACAUUAUGCAAACCCAAAGAGGCAACGUUUAGUACCAUACUAUUGCAGAUCAGAGAGUCCAUAGCAAGCGUUGACAGUGACUUUGUGGAGAAGUUACAAGGUGACAAAGGACUUGUUAAGCUUUAUGAAAGGGUGAAGGAGAUGAGAACCAGUGUGAUUGCGCCACCUGGAUUGUCUUGUGAGGUGGAUCAAAUUAAGUUUGUUAGUUGGUGUAAGUUGGGUUUGUAUGAGAUUGACUUUGGAUGGGGGAAACCUAGUUGGGCUACUAACUGUUUUGAUACUUUUGAUGGUUCUGAAAUUAUGUUUGGAGGAUCGGCAUUUUAUUUAAUGGAUACAAAAGAGGAGAAGGGGAUAGAAGUAUGGGCCUUUUUAGAUGAAAAAGACAUGCUUUUGUUAGAAAAGGACAAUCAUUUUCUACAAUUUGCUUCUAUCCAUCCCCUUCCCUAG